AUUGCAAAUUUGAGGUGUGUAUAUCGCUGCUUAAGUGGAUAUUUUCAGCUCUGGAGAAAAAUAACGGACUCUGACAAAACGGCGGGUAAACAUUUGAAUUUUGUAUCAAUUCAAACUGAUCUGAAUUUAGCCGUUAUCUGCCAAUUUUGUAUGUGGGAGGGGCUUAACUCCGCGGGGUCAUAACUGCGGCUACUGGACAUUUUUAAGACAAUAAUUAGCUACUACUAUUCAUUACGAUAAGGGAUAUGUUUAGGGUUGGGGUAGACAGAGACGUUAAUAAAACACAAUAGGUUGGAACUCGAUGAAAUGUUAAUUUCAUUUCAUCGACUUUAUUUGGUCGUGUUAAUAAUAGUAUCAAGGGUGUCAUUUGGGUGAAGAAGCUGACGUUUUCAGAGUUUUUUCUUCAUAAUAUUAAUGGCGAUAGCUGAGCGGUACUGUAGGGGGCGCUGUGGUGAUUUUCAUCUACCGGACCGCCAAACCACGGAAGAAAUAAACACUGGAGCCCACGAUGGAAGCGAUGAUGUUGAGCAUGGAGGUGCAGGUGGACGUGAGCUGCUGUAAAUCAGUAGGAACUGAUCUGUCCAUGCUGGAUAUUGAGGAUUUCAUCAGUCAAAUCUGUCAGCUGAAGAAAGAGGUGGCGUCGCUGGAGGCCAAGCUGAGAGAAAGAGGAGAGAAACUCCAGCCAGAGCGUCAGGAUUCGCUGUGCGGCGUCAGAGCUCAGAGAUCCAGAGACACGCAGAACUCAGAGCUCAGCCUGACUUUACUCUGUUAUACUGACGCUCAGGAUCAUCAGAGCUCUGAGCCAGACGCUGGAGAACAGCAGACCACACUGAAGAUGUGCUCCGUCAGACUGGAGGACUGCAGGAACCUGAUCCAGAGAACUGAAAACACCACAGAAGAAGAUCAGAGAGACCAGGAGGAUGAUGAGGGUGAUAAAGAUGAUGGUGAUGAUGAUAAUGAUGAUGAAUUCAUUCCUGCAGAUGACAACGUUGAAUCGUCUGAUGAAGAAGCUCCUUCGUCUUCAAAAGAUGAGCCGAAGGCCAAGAAGAGGUUCCCUUGCACCUCCUGCAAAAAAACAUUCUCCUAUGAAAGUUUUUUAUUGGCUCAUGAAAAAAAACACUCAGAGCCGAAGGUCUUCACCUGCUGGAAAUGUGAUAAAUGCUUUCCCACUUUAAAAGAGAAGAGACGCCACCAGAAGGAGCAUCUGGAAACAAAGGAGUUUCACUGCAAACAGUGCGGGAUGGACUUUUUAUUGUCUUGGCAGCUAAAAGCUCACAUGAAGACGCACAGCGGUGAACUACGUGUGCAGUGUGACGUAUGCAACAAAUCAUUCAGCACCAAAGGGAACCUGGAGGCUCAUAAGAGAAUCCACACGGGCGAGCGGCCGUAUAAAUGCCCUCACUGCGAGAAGAGCUUCAACCACGGAUCCCACUUAAAGAAACACGUCCGCAUUCACACCAACGACAAGCCGUACAAGUGCAGCGAGUGCGGAAAAACCUUCACAACCAGCAGCUCUCUAAGCUCACAUCUAAAACUCCACUCUGAGGACAAACCGCAUCAGUGCAAACACUGCGACAAGCGAUUCCGGCAGAAAUCAGCUUUGACCUCUCAUGAGAAGACACACGGUGGAGAGAAACCAUACCUGUGCGCCGAAUGCGGGAAGAGUUUUUUAACCGCGACACAUUUAAUUGCUCACCAGAGAACCCACACUGGGGAAAAACCGUACCUGUGCAACAUCUGUGGGCGGAGUUUCAACAAACAAAUCAUCUUUAAGAACCACAUGAGGACUCACACUGGAGAAAAGCCGUAUAAGUGUUCACACUGCGACAAGACGUUUGCACGAUCUGACGUGAUGAAGACCCACGAGAGGGUUCAUACCGGAGAGAAACCGUACCGCUGCUCCAUCUGCGAAGAGAGGUUUGCGUAUUUAGGAAGUUUUCUGAGCCACCAGAAGAGACAUGGAGGAGGACGAGUGGAUGAGCAGAAUUGAUGUGUAGAAUUGACUGCUGUGUAAUUUAAUAUUAAAGUGAUAGUUCUUGAAAAUGUCCU